AAGGAUGUCACGUCAGAGGGUUAUAAAAUACUGACCGCGGCAGGCGACCGCCACGCCCCUUCCUUCUCGUUUCACUCUUCGUGUUUUCUGCCCGCCAUGUCUUCUGUCGUUGAGACACGAAAGACAUCGCCGCUGCAGAACAUGACUCCGCGACAAAAAGACUCAGCGAAGGAGGAAGUCCCUGCGGACAUCAACAUUCCUGACAACUAUGUCGCCUGGACUCUCAAAAACCAAAAGCCUCUGCCUCCGGUCACGCUUGAAAAUCUCCUCGCGAACAUCCAGUGGCUGAGUCUUGCCGUCCUCACCAUCACGCCCUCCAUCGCCAUCUACGGCCUGUUCACGCAUAAGCUGCGGUGGGAGACCCUCGUUUGGAGCGUCGUUUACUACUUCAUCACGGGUCUUGGCAUUACUGCCGGUUACCACCGCCUAUGGGCGCACCGGUCGUACAACGCGUCGAAGCCACUCCAGUACUUCCUCGCCAUUGCCGGCACUGGUGCCGUCGAAGGUUCCAUUAAGUGGUGGUGUCGCGGCCAUCGUGCUCAUCACCGUUACACCGAUACCGACCUCGACCCCUACAACGCUCACAAGGGCUUCUGGUAUUCUCACAUUGGCUGGAUGAUUAUCAGGCCACGCUACAAGCCCGGCGUUGCCGACGUCAGCGACUUGAGCAAGAGCGAGGUAGUCCGUUGGCAGCACCGCUGGUAUGUCUGGCUCAUCAUCAGCAUUGGUCUCCUCUUGCCUACCGCCGUCGCUGGACUCGGUUGGAAUGAUUGGAAAGGUGGCUUCUUCUACGCUGGUGCUGCCCGCCUUUGCUUUGUGCAUCACUCAACCUUCUGUGUUAACUCGCUUGCGCACUGGCUUGGUGAGGCUCCGUUCGAUGACAAGCACACCCCCCGCGAUCAUUUCAUCACUGCACUUGCCACCAUUGGCGAGGGUUAUCACAAUUUCCACCACCAGUUCCCGAUGGACUAUCGCAACGCCAUCAGGUGGUAUCAGUACGACCCGACCAAGUGGUUCAUCUCGGUCUGCGCAAUGUUCGGGCUCGCCAGCCACUUGAAGAUCUUCCCGGAAAACGAAGUUAAGAAAGGACAGUUGACUAUGCAACUCAAGAAGCUGCGCCAGACCCAGGAAGGACUUGUGUGGGCUCCAAAUGUAGAGGAAUUGUCGGUCAUCAGCUGGGAGAGCUUCCAGGAGCAGGCUGCCAAACGUCCUCUCAUCGUCAUCGCGGGCUUUAUCCACGACACUACCGACUUCCUUGACGAACACCCCGGUGGUCGCCAUCUACUUGUGAAGUACAUCGGCCGUGAUGCUACCACCGCGUUCUUCGGCGGCGUUUACGACCACUCAAACGCCGCACAUAAUGUAAGCGUUGCUUAUUCGUCGCCUGCCCCAGUUGAACGCGUGCAUCAUCACAUUGGCGCGGAGGCCGCCCGCCGGCCGUGUCAUCACACUGGUCCGAGGGAUGCACCCCACCGCAAGAGCAUCGAGAUCAGGGCCCUCGUAUUCGACACGGAUUAA